AUGUCCAACAACGCUCAGGACGCGCCCGUUCCCGCUACCGCUUCUCCAUCCACAACAACAACGACGACGACGCCAGAUCUGCGAGACCCCGCCAUCGUCGCUUUAGAAGGCCGCUUCAACGAAGCUACCGAUCUGGAAGUAUGGUAUCACUGCAUCGGAGGCAAGUUCGUUCCCAAUAUCCCCGCCAUCGCCGAGGAAAUCUCGAACCACAUCAUCGUGAUCUGCCUGGAUUGCGAACACUGGAGCACCAACACCGAUGAGACGACUGAGGUCGGUGUUGCUAUGUUCAGUCGGCAAGACGUCUUGAAAGUAGCGUGCACUGGAGAUUUCGGUUACCACGGAGAACGCCUGAUGGAGCAGGCUCGGUUCUAUCUCUUGCGCCCGAUUGAGACCUCCCACCUCCCGAACCAGAACCCCGACUCGCGCGGAGUCAAUGGAAACCGUUUUGGUAAAGGCCGUUUCGUCACCUUCGAAGAGGCUCGUCAGAUCCUAACAGACCUUUUCAUCCAGCCAAUCAAGGGUAUUCCUGGCCUGAAAGGUAACCACCCAAUCGUCGUUCUUGGCCACGAUGUAGGGCAUGACAAGAACAACCUGAAGUUAAAAGCAAUCGCUUUUGAUAUGGAUCCGAUUGGCACUGUAGUACGCUACAUCGACACGCAAAUCCUUACCCGUGACAAGGGCUACUGGCUGAUGCCGAGGAACGAGCAGAUUGGCCUUAGGCGCCUCGUAGAAGCGCUUGGAUUCGAGCAUAGUGACUCCCACACAGCGGCGAAUGAUGUGGGUCGAACCUUGAUCUCGGCCUUCCAGAUCGCGCUCGGUGGAGACAAAUGGAAGACGGAUACUCGCAAGAGCAUGAAGCAGGUUGCCGAUGAUCUCGAGCGCUAUAGCGUUAUCACCUUCGAUGAGAGCCUUGGUGGUGUCGAGAAGUACUGCUGGAAAUGCGGAACAGUCGGACAUAUGAAGGCAGACUGUGUCGCAACCGACCUUCACUGCGACGAAUGUGAAGAGAACGGGUGCGAGAUCAAACUCGGAGCUGAACACGUCACCGCUCAUUGUUUAUGCGUAGCCAACAAGAAGGCUGUUGUACGACGCCAAAAGGAUGCUGCUGCUCGGGUACUCAAGAGGCCCAAGGUCAAGAACAUUGCUCGUGGAGGUUUCAUGUCCAACUCUCGGGUUCGGUCCAUGGCACGUGGUGGCACUCAGCCUUCAUCCAGUCCUCCUCCGAACUUUGGUGGACCACAGCAGUAUACCUUGCCAUACAAUAGCCCUCCUGGCGGACGGGGAUACGUCCCACAUAGCCCUGGAGGAAACCCUUCCAGGGGCUUUGGUGGACGCGGUGGUCAGGGUGGUUACGGCAAUGCUUCGUUUGGUAGGGGUAGUGGUGGGCUACAUAUUCCACAAGAUGGAUAA